AAAUAUGUUUGCAAAAUUUUCGGACGCAACUGUGCAAACUUACAGUAGAUACUUACGUGUUCGCGUGUAGGUGGCCUAGAUAAAACCGUUAACAAAAAGAACUUAAGUAGAAUAUAUUGCUUUAAUACGUUCCCUAUUUUCCAAGAAGUAGGGACUGCAAUACAAUCGCACUCUUCUCUAAUCGUUCGUAUUUAAAUUAUAUUGUAGUUUAAAAAUGGUUUUCACACAUCUAUUGGUAUCCGCGAUAACGGUUUCGAUGGUUCUCGUCCGCAUAGCCAAUACGGUACCGGCGGAUUUAACAUUCGAAUACGAAAACAUUGAUUCGGGAUCAAAGAAUUCGACGACUGUUAUAGCGAAAGACGAUAAUCCGUUGGACGAUAACGACCGAGACUCGAAUUUAAAGUACGUGAUGGCGAUAAAGAACUCGAGCAUGUGGACGGAGAUAAAAAGACGAUCGUUGACGAUAAGUACUGAUCCAUAUUCUAAGAGCCUGUUCGACAAGUCGACCGAGAAUCUUUCGGACCAGGAACUUUUACAACUGAAGCAAGUGUGCCAAGAUGGACUAAAAUGCGUGGCGGUUGACCAACUAAUGGUUCUCAGACAAGUAAAGCAGACUGAUGGCGGUAAGACAGUGGUACAUAAGGCUAUAAAUAAGAUCACCAAGGUGCUUACUGAUUACACGAAUGAAUACCACGAGGAGAAGUAUCAAUACGAAGCUGUCACAGAUGCAGACGACACGGAUAAAAUGUACGAUUCUGUGAUGACAAUAAUGGAAGAUAACAGGGAGCUGUGUCAGAUCGAUCCUAAUACUUACACAAGUACUAGUACAAGCUCGUAUGAUACUACAAGUUCGAGUAUCAACAUUAGUUCUGCUGAAAGUUCUAACAAUAGUUCUGAUAGUAGUUCAAACAACAUUUUUGACGGUAAUUUCAAUGGAAUUUCGAACACUAAUUCUGACAGCAGUUCUAACCAUAGUUCUGACCGUAGUUUAACUGAAAAUUCUGACAGCGCCUUACUAACGAUUUUUAAUAACGGAAAUGUUAAUUUUGGCACAGUCAACCAGUACAAUGUCAAUGAGGGUACUAUGAAUAGUGCAAUGGUCGGUAUCGAACCUUCAAAUAGUACCUCUAGCGAUGAUUCGUCCAAAUUGUCAGAAGAACCUAAUCCACCACCUACUAUUAGGAAUGAAUCACCUGCUAUUAAUGAUCCACCAACUUCUACUAUUGAUCCACCACCUACUCUUGAAUCCAAUACCGAACGACCAGUAGAAAAACGCACAGCCAGAAUAGAAUAUUUAAUACCAUUCAACGGUGAACAAAAACAAAACGUAUCUAACGAUAAAAUCCCUGAAUCCGAUUCUCUUCCCGAAAAAACAGUUUCUUCUGUCCAAACGGCUGCUUCCGCCGACACGGGUCCGUCCACUUAUUGCAGUACCUGCGCAAACGCCGGCACCUCUACCUCCACCGACAAUUCGACAUCCGACGCCGGUGUCCCCGCCAAAACCGAUGAAUCGUCCGCCGACACGGUUAACAACUUCAUAAAUAUGGACAACGGUGAAAACAGUGCUUUUAGCAAGAAUGACUCUAUGGUCGAUAUAACCAGCACGGGUUCCAAUAACAAAAGCACCGUGAACAAAGGCUACGUCGAGGAUGGCAAUUUUAACAACGGCAUGAUGAAAAUUUUUAACAUGAAUACCGGUACUAUAAACAAAGGCGUCAUCAGCAACAGCGUCGUGGAAGACGGAAUCAUUAAUGUCGGUACGGUCAACAACGGACCGGCCAACUAUGGUCAGGUCAAUAGUUCUUCAAACAACGGCACUGAAUCGCAGGUGAACAAUAACGAUGUCCAAAAGUUUGCCAGUGCUAUUGAAAAAAUAUACUCGGACAUGUACGAUCGUCUCUCCAAACAAUGAUAAGUAAUCUAUAAUAUUUAUUUUCAGUUUUCCAUGCGUAACUUAUCACUUAGUUUGUACAUUAUAAAGUAUUUAGCGAAACAAUAAUUUUAUUUUACUCGUUAAAUAAUAAUAUUAUAUCCGUGUUGCUUGAUGAACCUAAUCUAACUUGGCGGUUUUUAUACACGUUUAGUUGUUUAGUGACAUUGCCAUUAUUUUAUUAAUAUAACAUAACAUUGUAUUAUAUUACAACGAUAAUUGGUGUUCAAAAAUAAAAUAUGUUAUUUACUUUGGUUUCCUUAAAACGUGUAAACCAAUUCAAUCUACCUGCUAUUCAUAAAAAAUGAUGGAGUACUCAAUAAUAUUUACGAUACCGAAAAAUGUUUGGUUUUUAAGGUAUUAUUAAAGGCGUAUAUUAGUAAACAAGCUAUUAAUCACCUAAAACUGUUACUUGUUGGCCGGUUCGUUUUAAAUGUCCAAGGUAAGGUUUUGUAAAAUGUAAAAAACAUUUUUUUAUCACAAAUUGGUACCUACUGAAAUUAAUUGUGUACUAUAAAAUAUCACCAAUUAUCAUCGGCUUCCGAUCGGAGGAACGUAUGAACCGAAAACCGAUUAUUUUAAUAUUAAUCAAUUAUUUUUGUU